AUGACGACCACCCCGCCCCCCUCCUCCGCCAUUCGGACUCCUCCUACUCCUCGCCAUGGUCCUCGAUACGAUAACUACGAGCCAUACUCUCCUCGUCGCUCCAAGCGCAUUGCUGGCCAGCAUCACCUGUUCAGUGACUCCCCUGCGGCCGUCCUGGACGCGAGAACAUCAGAUCUCCUCAGAGAACAACACAGCCUAAGACGCGACAAGAAGCUACAUCAGCUUGGCAUGAGUGAUAGAGCUGCAAUUUCCCCACCGCAGUCACAACACAAUUCCCCUAAGCGAAGGAGUGAAAGACAAGAUAUGAACACCCGUUCCUCCCUUUCACCUCAGCCAAAGAACAGAGUCAGACAUGACACCGGCUCUACCUCACUUCACCAUCCAUAUAAUACAAUGGACGCCGAUCACAACGAUCCAGCUGUGAACGGCAUGCUUCCUACGCCGGCCAAGACCCCCCGGAAGAAGAAGAUUGAGGAUCUUGGACCUGCUGCCCGUACCUUGUUUUCCAGCAAUUCCAAAUCCGAGGACCCGGAAGCCAUGGCCCCAAGACGUUCAAGAAGCAAGAAAUAUACCGGCUUCUCUCUGGAAAGCUUUGAGGCGGACCCUCAGCAGGCAGAGCAGCAGGCUAUAUCUAUUUUCACGGACUCUCGAGAUCGCAUUCCUGAGGUGAAUGAUAGCAUGGACAACCCUUUCCGAAGCCAGCCUGCCGACAACGCUGCGCCAUCGACAUCGAAACCCUCGGCGGAUGGCACGAAACGCAGAAGGCUCGAUGAUGGUAGCCAGAAACGAGACAAGAAUGUCGACAAGGCCAUUCGCCGAGACGAUGGACUACUCUACGUUUUCCGAGGAAAGAAGACAUUCCGCAAGUUCAAGCCAGAGGCAGAGGAAGACGAGGGUGACGAUGACGAUCUGGGUCUUUUGGCAUCUCGCAGUGAACUCACCAACGAAGCCAUGCCCCGCAUUCGCCCGUUGACCCGUUCAUCCAUAAAGCCCCGUGUUCUAUUCCCUGUAGCUACCACUACUCCAACCCCUGAUGAAGACGAACCCGAGCCCGAGCCCACUACGCCAUCCACCAUCAUUGAGGCUGAAGAAGAACAGGUUGAAGCUACCGAUCGCCCGGUCGCCGCGGUCACGGAAGCAGAUGCUACCAACAAUCCAAUUACGCCUCAAGAGCAAAUUAUCAAUCCCGAGACACCUUCAUCGCCACUUGCUACUGGACGUUCUCUCCGUUCUCAAACCAUCAAAGCAGAGUCGGAGGCUGGUGCAGAACACGCUGAUUCCGAGGCGCCCGUCCCAAGGCGCUUCAGCCCAUUUGACCGAUGGUGGAGAGGCAAAUCCCAUUCUUCUACUCCUACAAAGGCAAAGAAGAGAACCAUCGAAGGCCAGUCUGGACCUAGCGCAAAGAAGUCUCGCAGCCAUUAA